UGGAAUUUAAUGAAUGGUCAAUAUGAGUAUAUUCUGCCUGCUCUUACAGUUGUUAAAAGACACUCAUAAGUUGGAAAGUGAAUGGUUGGUGUAUCUCACUACUUUAUGCUGCCCAAGAAUGUGUAUCGCAUAAAUGUCAACUUCAAGAAAAUGUAUUUUUGGAAAUAGUUAUGUUAAAGUAUAUAUAUGCCUAGCCCAAUCCAUAUCCUAAUGUACUUUCCUCUGCCCACCUUCUUUGUAAUCAAGCUUUUAAAAAAUCCAUAUUUUUUGGAAAACUCGUGUUUAUUUCAGAUUCACAAAGAAUACUAAAUUAACAACAACUAAAUCUUCAAACAGGCUUAGGAUAUAAGGGAGCUUUAACAGACAAUUCCAUUAGGGUAGUUAUCUGGGUAGUGUUGUGCUGUUAAGAUAAACACAAAAGUUCACUGAGGGAGUGUUACCAGGACUGCAUUUUUCUAAUCAUUUGGUGGGAAUGGAGCUCCUCAUGACCUCAAACUGACCUGCCAGGUGGGGCUGCCAUUAUCCUCUGAGCAGUGGGUCAGGUAGACAGAUGAGGUCAGCCUCACAAGUGACAAGACCCCUUUGGAAACAAUAUCCUUCAGGUAGUUUGGGAGUUGCCAAUAGAACUGCCAUCACCCCCAGGGAUUAGGAAAAUGCACAGUAUUUGUUUAGGAGCUCACACUUGAUGAGCCGAAGAUCAACUUAACUCCUCUCCCAUCUCCCCUCAGUUGUAGACAGACCAGAUUGUCUCAUCCAGACAAUGCAAUACCUUUGUUUAAACAUCACCCAGGCAACCAAACACUUUUGUCUAGGCUUCAGCCAAGUAAUUAAGCACCUUUUGCCAAGGGCUAGUUUUCGACCUUAAAAACCCCCAAGAAUUUCCCUUCAGUGUGCUAGAUGCAGGGGGACUUCAUGUCACUCUGAUCUCUAGUCUAGCUCCGGCCCAGUCAUUCAUUCCAUGACUCUCAUGCCAUCCCCAUCAUACUCCAAUUGGACUCUGGAAGCAAGCCUACACUAGAGAGCCAGUCUGUGUGCAGUCCCUCCAGUGUGAGGGUUGGGUUGUGGAUCUCCAUGGCAACUUGACAAACAGAGGCUUCAGAAGGCAGAAGGUUGUAGUUAAGAGGCUGCGGUUGAACCUGCAAGGGAAAGAAGGGCCAAGUGAUGGCUUUCUUUGGACUCACCUUUAUGGGGUAUCAGGAUCCCUUUCGGGACAGAAGGAUAAUAUUACCCCAACAAAAAGUACCAGUGGGAACACAGCCUCCCAAACUGGAACUUUUCUAUCCCAAACUGCCACCCAUAGGACCAGCCGGGUACGAUGGCACUGUACACCAGGGCAGCUAUGACAAGUAUCGCGAAGCUGUCAAACGGGUGCAGCUCAAGAAAUACUCCAACCAAGAGUACAGGGUACCACUGACCUGUGGACAGGAUAUCGGCUGGUGGUUGCCUCAGGAUCGGUCAGUCAAGCCAGAAGAUGUCAUACCUUGGAUGAGGACCCAAAGGCAUCCCCAGCUGCGGAGCCCCAUGACAAAAUUUGUAGACAGAAUGGCCAUCAGCAACCCUCUUUUCACCAUGUUCUGAAUGCCUCUUUCGGGAACCAUACGAGCUUCCUUGUGCCAGUGGGUCCUAUUGCACCAUAACCUGUUGCCAUGUUAAAGCCCAGCACACCUGUUGUACUAAUAAAUAGAGACUCAUGGCAGUCAUCUUCAUUUCCUUGCCUAGUGCUAGUAUUUUCUUUGUGCAUAAAAAAACUGAAUUUGGUUUCCCCUCUAAGCCUAACUUGAGCACAGAUGAUCUCUGACCCAUGGAGGGGGGCUGUGAUUUUGUGACAGACUACUAAACAAACAACUUUAGCAUGCCUUGCGCUUCUGUGAACGAAAGAAGGAAAAGCCAAACCUACAAAGACCAAAAGCGGAAGAUGGAUAAUAUUCAACUCAGCUUGCUCAGGAACCAGUGUCACAAAGAAAUGGAACAAACCUUUUUCUGGAAGCUCUAGAAAAGGGGUUGGCAACAGUAGCUUGACAGAUGUUGAUGGCUAAUGUCUGCUGUAGACAACCUUGCCAAUGCUGAGAGAUUAUGGGAGUUGCAGUUGUAGAAGCAUGCUUUGCAAGUUCUGCUUGUUUGAAAAACAACAAUAAAAUCUGGUGAAUGUCUGAUUCUCUCUCUUCGGG